GCCGGACGGAGCAAGUGUACCUUUACACGUCCCCCUCCCCCACAAAGCCCCUGCACUAGGCGCCCUACUCCCUACUCCUUACAGCCUUUUCCCUCACCUUGGGUUCUCCAUAAAUACUCACCACCACAACCACUCCCUCUCCCCCCAAAAUCAGUGAUAGCCCUGUCGCCCCAUUGCUCUGUUCUGCUUUGCUCUGCUCUCGGGUGUGGCAGUACAUGAGAGAGAAAUGGAGAAUCAAGAAUGGAGGCCCGAAGAAUCAGAUGCAUCUAGGCCAUCCAUAGGUUUCCCUCUGGGUACAGCGCUUCUGUUGAUUGUCAUAUUCUGCCUGAGUGGUUUCUUCUCCUGCUGUUACCAGUGGGAUAAGCUUCGCUCUCUCCGUCGUCGAUCGGAAGAAACCGAACCCGACUUGGAUUCAACCCCUCAAUCCCCCUCCAAAUCUAAACACAUCCACAUGGAUUCGAAGCAGAACAAGAGUGAGAGCUUGCCAGUAGUAAUGCCCGGUGAUCGGAUUCCAAAGUUCAUAGCAAUGCCGUGUCCAUGUGAACCGCCGCGAGCGGAGGAGACUGUCUUAGUGGUGCAUAUGCUUCGACCACCACCACCACCACCUCGACCUCGUCCUCCUCUACCAAUACCUUAUUAUAUUUGACAGAUUCAUUUUUUUUUUAUAUAUAUAUAUUUCAAAGAUUUACCCUUUUGCUUUCUUUGAUAUAGUAUUUGUAUAUACGCAUAGUUAAAUAAUUGAAGAAAAAUCCAACCAUUAUUCUUA